GUCACAUUUAACGAAACCAGCAUCAAGGCGAGAAGUGGCAGUGACUACAGUUUUGGAUUCGACAUAGCCUCCGGUUGGCAAACGCACAAUCACCCUUUUAGCCCCAUCCGAAGCACCAAUUCUUCAGCCAUGGGAGUGGACGGUUGUGGACAACUGUGCAAAUGCAUUCUCAUCCUUUUCAAUUCCCUAUUUGCGAUUGUGGGACUUGGGAUGGUUGGUUUGGGCCUUGGACUGAGGCUUAGCUCAGAGACACGUGGGCUCUUCGACGUUGAGUUGAAAACACAACAGUUUGUCAUAUUUGUGGUGGUGUUGAUCAUACUGGGUUCACUGAUGCUCAUCGUGUCCAUUUGUGGGUUCCAUGGAGCUUGCAACGAGAACCGCUCGUCCUUAGGAAUUUUUGCCAUAUUGUUGGCCAUCAUGGCAGGUGUGGAGAUUGGAGCUGGAGUACUGGUGUUCAUGCGCAGUGACGAGGUAUCUCAGGAUAUUGCCAACGUGUAUGCCUCCCUUUACGCACAGUUCGUCAACAAUCGUGAUGCAAGCAUUGGUACCACCCUCAGAAUUUUCCAUAAAGUGUUUGAUUGCUGUGGAAUAGGAGGGGUACUUGAGCCGCUCGUACGAGACACCUGUCCUGACAAGGGUUUCUGGGGUGCCCUCAGUACUUCCGCCUGCCCCUCGGUGAUCGUGAAUCUUUUCCAAGACAAAGCUCCACUCAUCAUGGGCUUCUUCCUGGCCAACUCAGCCCUCAUGAUCAUUGCAUUGGUUUGCAGCUCUCUUCUCAGAAAAGCAAUCAGAGAGGCGUCGGUUUCUCCCUAUGUACUCCUCACAACCUCCAUCUUCAACGGUUCUCCAUCUGUUGCUGUCUACCCUUCCUAUCCUGUCACUAUGCCCAUAGCAGAGGAAGCUUAAUGCUCCAACACCCACCUCUGAGCAAGCUACAUGUGUAGAGCUCUCCACUAUUAUCCCACCCCAUCCUCUUGUACACUCUCCUUUGCUUGAUAUACGUAAUCCCCUUGAGUAAUGGGUGUUUCCUUCUAACAUUCUGGUGACCUUGGCUGUCUUUUUUUUCUUCUUCGGGUACUGCCACAAGAGUUGAACUUUACCCUCCUGCUCCCCUCACUCAUCCCCUCCCCUUUUCAUUCUCCCUACUCUUCCUCCUCCUCCUCCUCCUCCUCAUAAUUAUCAGAUCGUGGCCCUGGCCUGCUACGCCCUCCUGGCUAAAGCCAUCAAGGAGAGUCGGCAUGCGUUCCCCAUCACCUACAGCGGACCCAAGAUAUUCUGAGAUGACGGGAAUCCCCGAACGCUGUUUGAGCCUGAAGGUCCUCUCUUAUUUCUAUUAUCCUCUCACGGUCUCACCAUUUGGACAUAGUGAAAGAUUUCUGUAGCCAUCUUUAUGCUAGGGUGGAGUAUGCCCUUAAAUGGUCUGUAUCAUUUUUACUGUUCAGUUUUUAGUUGCCUCUGAGAAAAGGGACCAUUUUGAUUUAUUGUAAGGCUGCUAGUUUUGAGCUAAUCUAUAACUGUGUGGAGGUAUUUCUGUGCAUCAUUUAGUCUAUAUAUUAGCCUGGGUCAAAAUGUUUUAAGUGAGACGUAUUUUCUGUUUGUUAUGCACAUUAAUUUUUUAAAAUACUUUUUAUACUGUUGAAGUUGCUUUAAUGCUACUAAGAGAAAUGUAUUUUCCACAUACUGUAAGUAAGGAGAGAAAUUGGCUGGUUCUGUGCUCUGAUGCUGUAUAUAAAGGGAACGAAUUCCAUUUCAUAUUGUUUUGUAUUAGUAUCUACUGUAUACCAUCUUGGUAAAUCUAGCAUUGCAUGACACUUUCAGAAACCUGUGUGUUGUGUAAAAUUGAGCACUGUAAAAUAAAAUGGAUGGGUCUGUGUGGC